UUUCGCAUUAACAAACCACCCCGCCCGCCGCUCCGCUCCGUUUCCCCUUUCCCCUCCGAUCGCGGCGGCAGCUUCCGCGAAAGCCUCCACUAAAAAACCGAGCUCGCCACGCCGCGCCGCGCCGCGCGCAUCUCCUCCUCGAGUCCCACCACCUCCGCCUCCCGGAGCCCCUACUCGCUCCUAGCUCCGGCGCAGGCGCGGGCUCCAGCUCCCGAUGGGCGCCGUGGCGUCGACGGUGGCGGCGCGGUUCGCGUUCUUCCCGCCGACCCCGCCGUCGUACGGGGUGGAGCCGCCGCCGUCGCCGGAAGCGGCGGCGGCGGACUCCGAGGUGGUGGAGCUCAGCGGGGUGCCCGUGUCGCGGGGCCGCGGCGUGGAGGCGCGCCGGCUGCCCACCAAGCGCGGCACGGAGGUGGUGGCCAUGUACGUGCGCCAGCCCGGGGCGCGCCUCACGCUGCUCUACUCCCACGGGAACGCCGCCGACCUGGGGCAGAUGUACGAGCUCUUCCUCGAGCUCAGCACGCACCUCAACGUCAACCUCAUGGGUUACGAUUAUUCUGGGUACGGACAAUCAUCUGGGAAGCCAAGUGAGCAAAACACUUAUGCUGAUAUAGAAGCUGUCUAUAGGUGUCUUAUUGAAACAUAUGGAACCUCUGAGGAAAACAUCAUUUUAUAUGGUCAAUCAGUUGGAAGUGGCCCUACUUUGGAUUUAGCAUCCCGUUUGUCUCAUUUGCGAGCAGUUGUACUACAUAGCCCAAUUUCAUCCGGUUUAAGAGUGAUGUAUCCUGUGAAACAUACAUAUUGGUUUGAUAUAUAUAAGAACAUUGACAAAAUUCCUCUGGUCAAAUGUCCUGUGUUAGUAAUCCAUGGUACAGCUGAUGAGGUUGUUGACUGUUCUCAUGGGAGGACACUUUGGGAGCUAUCUAAAGUGAAGUAUGAGCCUCUGUGGGUCAAAGGGGGGAACCACUGUAAUUUGGAGCUAUAUCCAGAAUACAUUAAGCACCUGAAAAGGUUUGUUACAGCGAUAGAGAAAUCACCACGAGUGAAAGAUGAAUCUCCGGAGUGUUCAGGUCCUUCAGAUCCUAGUGAAACUGGAUCCGAAGGUGCAGAGAGCUCAAGGAGAAGCACAGAUAUUAGGGACAAACCGAGGUCAAGCAUUGAUCAUAGACCAAGCACAGAUCGACGGGAGAAACCGAGGGGCAGCAUAGACCGUAGAGAUAAAAGCAGAAAAAGCAUGGAUCAACCUGACAAACCACGAGCGAGCGUGGAUCAACCUGACAGGCCACGGAAAAGCAUUGACCGAUUUGGAGGGAUGAUGAGAUCAGUCAAAUUGUGCAACAUUGACUGUUUCACUGCAGCUUCUGGGAGCUGAAAGUAACGGGAGGUUAGUGCCUGGUAGAAAUCUGUAUGUAAUACAUUUUGUAUACUUCAUUCAAUUGGGUGUUUUUAGUGUGACUGGAAAAGGUGUAUUGGUUUGAAUGAGGUUUUGUAUUUUUUUUUUCCUUGAAUUGUUUCUUGAAAGGAAACAACCAUCGCUCCCCAACCCCUUCCUGUUUUCUGGAAGUCAUCCACUUCUCAACUGAUGAAAUCCGAAGAAAAGCCGCUCCGCAAGGCAACGAGGAUAACUGGUUUUGCAUAACUGUAAAUAGUUGUACUAUUACAUUUUUUUUUUGUCCACAGAGACGCGCUCAUACAUUUUUAUUGAACUUUAACUGCGUCUUCAUUUUUCCUCUGUGUCCAAAUACAUUCUCUUGAGAUGUGGCUUUCUGUUACUACUGUCAUGUACUCAUGUAAUACCAUGGUAAGCAAGCCACAGUGCCACACUUGACUACCUUGAUUGACAUGUGAUGAACUUGGAAACUGAUCAUGAAUGAAGGAUUACCUUUCACCUUUA